CUUAUGUUGUGUAUGUUCUGGAGUUUAAUCAAAAGCCAUGCAUCAUGAGACUAUCAUGUGUUUUGCCUCUAAAACUUAACUCUGUAAAGUAACCAGUCAGAUUGUUCCCUCUGAAAAUAAGCGGAGAGGAAUCAAUAUUUACGCAAAGCAAACUAACGCACAUGUAAGCCUAGUUACUUUCUUUCACUGUUGGUUUCUAAGCACCACGCUACUUUAACUAAUAGGUGUUUAAUUUUCCAUAAGGGUUUGUAUUUUUUCGGAGAAGUCCAAGCAUUUUUUUUCCCUUUAAGACGGAUUUGGGUGGAGUUACAGUAACGUGCCAGGGGUGCUGGAUGCAUUUAUAAGGAGAUGUGGAAAAGCGCGUCACUCUGACAAAAUGAGUUUCACCUCCCCGUGUUGUUGACAGAGGAGGGAUGUUGCACAUGUUUCACCUUUCGCUGGGACACUUGCUCACACUACACAGAUAGACUAGAUUUUCUUCACAGUGGACGGGAACAGCUCUGCUCACCCCGGCUUUACGUGAUGGACAAGAAGUCUGCACUUUCACGGUAAUCAGGGCCCCAGGAACCAUCUUAUGAUAUGAUCAUAAAGCAUGAAACACCUGUCAGAGUCAGGGCCAGAGGGUAAUGAGCUGCAUCUGGAUGCUGGAGGGGAAGGAGUACUUUGACUGUGGACUCUGCACCAGGCUGGAAUGAAGCGGUGAUGAGUGUGAUGGAGCUGACUUGCGUUGGAGCUUUAGAAGGAUACCAAACUGACCUUUGCUUUUUAAGAUCACAAGUUCUGCCGCAACAUGGCCAGGAGUCAGAACAACUACUGGGGACAGCGUGACCUGAACAGAACAUGCUUUGGCCUGAGUGCUGACAUGGAACAUAACCUGACAGAGCAUCAACAGCAGCAAAUGGCCGAAGAAUUUAACUGCAACACCUCUACCUCCCAGCCUCCUUUCUACGCUGAUACUUACCGCCUAUCUUCUGACAACAUACUGCGGCCCCAUGAGGGGGACCAGGUGGUCCCCUCUUCCCAGAGACGUACAAUGUUUGGGGGCCACCAGAGAGAACCCAAACCUCUGCCACCUCUUCCUGACCCUGAGGAGCUCAUGUCUGAUGAGGCAGCAGACAGUGAGGUGGAGUUUUUUACCAGUGACCGACAGCGCCUUUUGCCCAAAAACUGCCCCAAGGCCAUGUGCAGGAGCAUGAACAGAGACUGUGGGCAAGUAAAUUACGCCUUCCAUGAGGGCUCUUUGCGGCCUGGUGGUGCUGCAGUUGGCUCCAUGGCUUUCUCGUGGCCUGGCAGAGAGGAGAGAUCAACGGGGAGACAAAGCAAUUUUGGAGCCAACAUCUGGGCGCUGCCUCUCCAGGGUGAAGACCACAAGCUUGUGGCUUCAGACACUUGGUGUGGCAAAGACCAACACCAAUCACCCAGACUCCGGUUUUCCUGUUCAGGACCUGCUUCCCAGCCUUUCCACAACAGCUCCACAGCCUGCCCGAAUGAGAAGCCGCAAAUCCCUCCUCGUGUCCCCAUCCCACCAAAACCUGCUGCUCUCCCAAAGACUUUGAGUGGGAACGAGGAAGACAAGCCUCCCAAAAUUCCUCCAAGGGUCCCUUUAGUCCCACCCUGCCCACCACGUACCCCAAGUCCCAAAAGCCUUCCAAUUUAUAUCAACGGUGUGAUGCCUGCCACACAGAGUUUUGCUGCUAAUCCCAAAUAUGUGAGUAAGGCAUUACAGAGACAGCAGAGUGAAAGGGUGCCACCUGCAGCUCAGUUUUCUCCCUGCAUUGUCCCCAUUUUGAAGGAUGGCAGGCAGGCCAGCACUACGCACUACAUCCUCCUGCCACCAGGCCGACCGGCAUACUCGGACAGACGAGAAAGACUCCUGAGUGAACCGACCAGGACGGGAAGCAGCAGUGUAUGGCAGAACAGAUAGAAAAUCUUGCUUAUGUCACUGGCUGAAACUUGAUGAGUACGAAACUGUGACUGACAUCACAAAUAACCAUGUGACCCACUAUUGUACAGAGUGGAAAAAUCUACAUGUUACAUUCACAUGUCUAAUGUCAUAUUGGUGUUAUUUUCAUGUAUGUGAAGAUUGUUUAUGUCACACAACAGUGUGAGGUUUUAGUCUGUUCUUAAAUGGACAUUUUACCGGUCAGUAUUUUAGUGCCGUCCUGGAAAAACAUCUUAACAAUCCAAUUUCACUAAUAAUGGAAAAAUAUUUUCCUCCUAUAAGCAUUUUCAGUUCUGGUUUAAUUUUAAAGUCUGACAACAAUAUGCUCAUUUCACUAAAACAUUCUGAGCUGAUACAGUGUUUCUUACGAGAGAGCAAAUAAUUACUGUAUGUACAAGCUGGGCUUGUAACAAACUAUUCACCCCAUUUGCGUUAAUUUUUCUGACAAUGCUGCUUGAAAUCUUAAAUAUAUUGUAUAUUGAUAGAUUUAAUGUUUUUGUUAAAAUCAUUUUCAUUAAGAUAUAUGAUAAAUUUAACAGUAAGCCACAUGGCCAAUAUCAGAAUGACACAAGACAACCAAAACUACAGUGAAUGAACACUUGUAUGCAGUUUUAUCUAUCUUAAAGCUGAUGUUUUUAUCUUAAAGUUACAAUAAACUACAUCCUUAAUGCAAAAUAAUCAAGAUUUUCCUUUAGGCGUUGAAUCGUCAAAAUCUUAACCUUAUAAUCAUAGUCACCAGAAUUCAAGUUCACUGAAACCUGCUGCUGUCAAACUUAAAUUGAUUGACAGGUCUUUUAAUACACAUGAAGAACACUACUCAUAAAGUCAUUAAUGUUUCCUGAGGCAGAUUUUAUAUACAACUGUAGAAGAGGCCGUUAUUUCCAAUUAUGAUCACCUGGCAAACUUUUAAUCAUUAUGGCGAAUUCUUUGACAAUAUGUUUAUUUAGCUCAAAUAAUGUACAUAUGGUCAAAAAGUAAAUAUUGGGCCUUUAAUGCUUCUUUUUGUGUGUUUGCUGGCAUGGAAAUCAUGUUACAUUUGCACUGUUGAGGUGCAGAUUCACGUUUACAACCUUUGUUACAUCAGCAGGUUGGAAGUUCUCAUGAAGGUUCUGUUGGCCCAAGCUAAGGCUGCUCAUAAUGUGUCAAAAGUAAAUCAUUGUAAAAUUGUGUUUUUAAUCUAUUUCUAGAAAUAAAAUAACUUAUUCAUUCAUU